AUGUUGGCUAACAGACUUAAAGACCUGUUGGGACAUGUUGUAUCACAGUCCCAGAGUGCUUUUGUCCCCGGGAGAUUGUUAACAGAUAACAUUAUAGUAGCCGGGGAAGUGGGGCAUUAUCUACAUAGAAAGGUCAGUGGAAAUUUGGGGUGGGUGGCGCUGAAGCUAGAUAUGGCUAAGGCGUAUGACCGAGUGGAGUGGGGUUUUCUGGAGGGGAUCAUGUUGGCGAUGGGCUUUUCGAAUCAGUGGGUGAGGUUGUUGAUGUUAUGUGUCUCUACUGUCACUUAUACUAUUCUUGUCAAUGGGGAGGCAGUGGGGUCUAUCUGUCCCACUCGGGGCAUUCUUCAAGGGGAUCCGUUAUCUCCAUAUUUGUUUAUUUUGUGUGCUGAAGCGUUAUCUGUGCUCUUACAACAGGCUGAGGCUAGUGGUGAUAUUCAUGGGGUGAGGGUGGCACGUGGUGCCCCUGAUGUCACCCAUCUGUUUUUUGCUGACGACAGUUUGUUGUUUUUUAGGGCAAACCAACGUGAAGCUAUUAAAAUCAAGGAAUGUUUGGAUGGGUAUUGUGCGGCUUCGGGUCAACUAGUCAACUUCGAAAAAUCCAAUGCCGUAUUCAGCACCAAUACUACAGCGGGUGAGUUUAUAGAAGCAUCUGUAGGCACGAACCCGAGUUACUUUUGGCGAGGCAUUGUGGCAGGACAAGAAGUCUUGAGACGAGGUUUGGCACGGAGAAUUGGGGAUGGUAUGGACACGAAGAUUUGGGGAUGGAACUGGCUCGCUAGUUCGUCAGGUACAGGUUUACAUACGCCAUGCAUCGAUGAGCUCAAGGAGGCGAGAGUACAAGGCCUGAUGAACGAGCAGGGGGAAUGGGAUGUAGGGGUGGUACAGGAUCUGUUCCAAACGGAGGAUGUGCAUAGAAUCCUCUCGACCCCCAUAAGCAAAGCUUUCAAGGAUUCUUGGCGUUGGAUCGAUGAUGCUCGAGGCUGUUACAUGGUGAAACAGGGUUACCGCGUACUCACGAAUCAACUUGAAGGCACGGGCUCCCACUUUGGCUUUCAUUCGUGGAACCGUUUAUGGUCGCUCCCGGUGCCCCGAAACUAUGCUACAGACCUGUGGGGUGCGAACGAUGUGCUACAGGGACAGAAUUUCCCAACAAUGAUGGAAACCAUUCUGGGGAAGUCGGACGCAAUGCAGGCUAGCAAGUUGGCUGCCGUCGUGUGGACACUUUGGAACGCACGAAAUGCGAUUGUUUGGCGCCAAGCAACUCCAUCGUUAGCGGAGCUCAAUAUGCAGGAUGGAGCAGGCUACGACGCUGUUUUGCGAGAUCAUACUGGUGGUUUUGUUGCGGCGAGGAAUGGCCGUAUGAGCCACACUCAUGAACCACUCCAAGCUGAGGCUCUUGCGGUUUAUGAAGCUCUCAAAUGGUUAUCCGGUUUGAUUGUAAAGCAAUGUCGUACGAUUGCUAGGGACAUAGGGGACAUUAAAGCCCGUCAUGUCAGGAGAUCAGCGAAUCAUGUGGCUCAUAGGUUGGCUCGGGCAACUGGUUCUUCGUCUGUCUCUAUGUCGUGGGAUGUCAUCCCACCUGAUUGUAUCGCUGAUUUAUUAUCCCAUUAA